CACUUUCACACAUGUCUUUACCUCAAUUCUUAUAAUAAUCACUUGUUUUUCACCUAUAAUUUUACAGUAUUCUGGAUAGCCUGACACUGUCUAUGCCUCACGAGCAUUGAAAUCCCAACCUUGCGCUCCAUCAGAGUACAUAAAUAAACGCGACCACGAGCUUCAACGCACUCCACUUCCUCCUCGACAUCCCCCAUCAUGGCCGAGGCAACCCUCCACAACGCUCCCAUAGUCCUAGACAAUGGCAGCGGCACUAUACGCGCUGGUUUCGCGGGCGAAGACCUCCCCAAAUGCUACUUCCCCUCCUUCGUCGGACGACCAAAACACCCACGAGUCCUCGCCGGCGCGCUAGAAGGCGACGUGUUUAUCGGCCAACGAGCUCAAGAACUCCGCGGACUCCUGAAGAUCAGAUACCCGCUGGAGCAUGGAAUAGUUACAGAUUGGGACGACAUGGAGAAGAUAUGGCAGUGGGUGUAUGAGGGGGAGCUAAAGACGCUCAGCGAAGAGCAUCCGGUGCUGCUGACGGAGCCGCCGCUGAAUCCGCGCGCGAACAGGGACACGGCGGCGCAGAUUUUGUUCGAGCAGUUUAAUAUCCCGGCAUUGUAUACGAGUAUUCAGGCGGUGUUGUCGUUGUACGCGUCUGGCCGGACGACCGGGAUCGUGCUGGAUUCUGGGGAUGGGGUGUCGCACGCGGUGCCGGUUUAUGAGGGCUUUGCGAUGCCAAGCAGUAUACGGAGGAUCGAUGUGGCCGGGAGAGAUGUCACGGAGCAUCUACAACUGUUGCUGAGGAAGAGUGGCUAUGUGUUUCAUACGAGUGCGGAGAAGGAGGUGGUGAGGAUGAUCAAGGAGAAGACAUCAUAUGUGGCUUUGGAUCCGAAGAAAGAGGAGAAGGAAUGGUCCACUGGCGUAGGGAAACAGGAUACAAAGAUACAGGAAUAUGUUUUGCCAGAUGGACACAAAUUGAAGGUCGGCGUUGAACGAUUCCGCGCGCCUGAAAUUCUCUUCGACCCCGAGAUAAUUGGACUUGAGUAUCCCGGCGUGCAUCAAAUCGUCGUCGACGCAAUCAAUCGCACAGACAUGGACCUACGUAAAUCCCUCUUCGCCAAUAUUGUUCUCUCCGGCGGUUCUACACUCUGCAAAGGCUUUGGAGACAGAUUACUGCACGAGGUGCAAAGACUGGCAGUGAAAGACAUGCGGAUCAAGAUAUUCGCUCCACCGGAAAGGAAGUACAGCACGUGGAUCGGGGGCAGUAUCCUGGCGGGGCUGAGCACGUUUAGAAAAAUGUGGGUGAGCAUUGACGACUGGCACGAGAACCCGGAUAUAAUCCAUCAAAAAUUCACAUAA